AACACGCCUGCGCUUUUGCGACUGACUCUACACCUUCUUGCCUUCUUGCUACACUUUGACCUUUAACAAGUAUUAUUUCCGCAGUUGGAUACUGGUCACGCUCUCAAGACUCGGUACCUUCGCUUAACCUCCAGUCUUUGACUUUCAUCAGAUCCCUCCCUGCGCCGCGACUCCUGCUCGGAUACCACCUCCUCACCCACCUUCGCAAACGUUCGACCACGAGCCUCUGUGUGCAAGGUGACAGGCUUUCGUCGAGGCCACUGCUCAUCUUGCCAUUUGAGGUGGAGAACGGGAAAAACAGCACAAACCGAGCGGAUUAGGGCCCUCUCGCGGUUGGUGCCUCCGCGCCCAAGCUGUAUUUCUCAAAAGCAAGAAAGAAGAAACGUCAAAGCCAUGCGGCUGUAGCUGAGUCAUAUUCACAAUUGCAGUGUCCACGCAACAAGCUCCUAGAGUCUCUCAAUCGCAACCCUACUACCCUAGCGCGCAGUCACUCUUGAUUUCCUCCCACGUCCACCAUGGACUCGGCUGCCGAUUCCCUCCUAGCUCUCUCGAACACAGCUGCAGCCAUAGCCGCCCACGAUGAGCCUCUCUCAGACGACGACCGCUCCAGCAGCCUCAGCGAACUGGAUGAGAACCUUGACGAUGCUGAAGAUGAGGACAUCGAACUACCAAGGCCUGCCGAUGUUGACUCAGAAGCCGAGACUGAACGUCUUCAAGUCACUCCGGAAGGUCUAGUCAAGAAGAAUCCUUUCCAGGUCAGUCCCAGCAAGCUGGCUCAAAGAGCAGAUGUCGAUAUGAGACCGGAAAUCGAGAGCUUAACAGAAAGCCCUGUGUCGUCCCCAAUCUCCUCUCAUGCCGAUUCAGACAUCGCUGGGGAGCUAAGUGAUGCGCCAGACGCGGAUGAUGAGGUGGAGGUGGACCGAGACAUUGUCACAGGCAAUUCACCAAAUAAACGAAAGAGAGAAGAAAGCGAGUCGGAUGCUGAAGAGGCACCUAGAUCACAGCGUCGGAGGACUGGGUCCUUGGAUAGUCAAGAUGACAAAUCCGAGCCGGAGAGCGAACCUGAAGACAGCCGUCGGCAGAGUCGAGAACGCACCAUCGAGCCUGGGGCUGAAAUGCCAGGCCCAGAAGACGAAGAGGUCGAAGAAGAGCCAAAAGAGAUCGCAAAGGUCGAGUCUAGCGAAGAUUCCAAAGACAAAGCCAGAAGUCGACCACGCAGAAAAGCAAAGGGUGAUGUCAGUGACGAAGCACAAGCCGACGAAGAAGACGAGGCCGAAGGUGCUGAAGAGAGUGAAGCUGUUGACGAAAACGACGCCGAGGCAGCUGCAAAGAGCGAAGAAGAACAAGCCAGGCGAAUGGCUGCAAUGGAAGCCUUGACAUCUUUAGAGAAGCAUUUUGCAGCGCUCAGGGAUCGACUUUAUGACGAAAGAAUAGCGGCAAUUAACCAUGAGCUGGCGCUGUUACAGUCCUCCCGGCCAUCUCAUCCAGAACUGCUGCGCCAGCUAGAGGCGGUACAGAAACAUCGAGACGAGAAGUUUGAGGUCGAACAAAAGCUCCUGGUCUACAAGGUGGGUGCACUCAAGAACAAAGCGGUUGCGGAGCGCAGUCAGAUACACAGUCAAUAUUUUCAGACCGUCCGAGACAUUCGAGAAAGAUAUCUGGAACGAAUUAGCGAGCAUUUCUACCGGAUUCAGCGCGACAGAUUCAAAGCCGAUUCGUCGAUACCGAGUUAUAUAAUUCCCUUUCCAGAAAAGCGGUCUCAGCAAAUCCUCCAGCAGACCGCUUACAACAAAGAAGUCUCAAUUUUGUCGGGCGUGGCAAAAUACGUCGGUUUUCCCGCCGCGCCGGAACUGGCAUCUUCCAAGCAGAAGGAUGUCGAGGACGAUAUGCACAAGAUGGGCAUUUCACUCGCACAGGUACGACCUACCAGACAGUCGCGACCGGUACAAAGUACAGCGGCCGCACAGCUAUCAGCGCCUCAAGCAGAAGAACAAUUUCUCGAACAGACACCCUGGGCUAAUCCACAGCAUCCUAUUCACCGGCUGAGUCGGCAAAACUCCAAUCGCUCUCCACUUAAUGAAUUUCUAACGCCAGCUAAUCAGCAACGCACGACAGACGGACUGGCACCGGUGGGCUCAGCGUCCACGAUCGCGGACUCCUCAGCGCAGAUAUCGUCGGCGAUCAACACGCCGCAUGAUGGCCAGAGCAGUACGACAAAAAUGGAAAACUUGGCUGGUUCCAUGUUGGCGAUGCGGAAUGAUCGAAUGCAUUCUUCACCGUUGGAUACGCGCGACACGCAGGCCAAAGAUACGACGCGAGAUCUCGGGUCCUCGCCUCUCAAUUCGAGAGCGCAAUUAGCAUCGCCUCGAGCGAGCUCUGCCAGGCCUGAUAUGACCAGGGUCUCGAGGCUGGGUAAUGACUCGCCCUUCAGACCAAGAGAUGCGGGCACGACGACUGCUAUUACGGCGGGAUCGGGCUUUGGGGGUACGGGGAGGUUCAGUAUCCGAUAGAGUUUGAAGACGAGAGUGAAGUGGUAUAUUGUGAUUAUACAUUGGUCGUCGUGGUCAUGAUCAUGAAUGAAAUAAUGUCGGCUCUUUGUACAGGCACAGAUAUCCAUCCAAAUGCUAUCAAUCUGAUGCCGCAUCUGACCAGUCCGGACCGAUCAUUCUCGCGAGCUUGGUGACGAAACGUAUACAUGUAGUAGGGUUUGUAGUAGACAGCGUCCCACACCGAUAAAGGGUGC